UAUUAAAAAAACAACAGGAAUGAAACAGUCGCCUCCUAAAAUCGUUGACCUACCGUUAUAACGACCCCGCCAUCGAGACAAUUUCUCCGAAUUCCUUUCACAAAACAGCUCAAGAUGACUGCCACAGUCCAGUCCCUACGAGCCCUCCUCCAACGCUCCACAAUCGAAGAUCACGAUGAAAUCCUCAAAGCUAGCAAUGAAGUACUGAAAAAGUCUAAGACGGACAUUCAAGCACAGCAUUCAAAAGUGGUGGCAUUGAUUAAACUCGAUCGAUAUGACGAUACAUUGCGCGUAUUCGAAGAUGCUGGAGAUGCGCUGAAGGGGAAAGCUGCGGUGGAAUACGCCUAUGCACUGUAUAAGUGUGGGCGAUUAAGGGAGGCUGCAGAGGUUGCUGCGAAGUCUGCGGGGGGACGGGGUGCGAAACAUGUGGAGGCUCAAGCUAGCUACCGUGCUGAAAAUUUCGCCAACGCAGCGACGAUAUAUGAUGGCCUGUUGGGAGACGAGGAAGAGCUAGGUAAUGAGUACAAUGACCUGCGCAUUAACACUUGGGCUACAGACGCACAGAGGUUAUGGCAAAGAGAGGGCGAUUUGUCUCGAGCGAGGAAACCUGCCCGAGAGGAUUUGGAAUCAUUCGAGACUUCAUACAAUGCGGCUUGUGCAAGUUUGGCCAGGGGUGAUCUCAAGCAGGGUGAGAUACUGCUGAAACGAGCAAAGGAACUUUGCAAAACAUCCGAGGAUUUAUCGCCGGAGGAGAAAGAGAGUGAACUACUACCUAUCGCCAUCCAGCAGCUUUAUUCACUCGUCAUCCAAGGUAAAUUGGAAGAAGCGGAAGAGAUUGUGGAGGAGAUUUCACUCGACAACAUUGUAGAAAAGUCGACCGCGAGAAUCGCCCAGAAUAACAUCCUCAUCACACAACAUCAGAAUAUCAACCCGUACAUACUACACAAGAAAUUUCACGAAGCCCCAGAGCCUGAAGGAAGCGAUACAUUUUUCAAGUUCCAAUCGGAUACUCUCGAGGCAAACUCACAUGCUCUUGAUCUACAAGUCCAAAAAUAUGAUGGCGUGAUCCGAUCGACGGCCAAGGCACUGGCACGACGACCUUAUCCCUCCACCAAUCCCCACGAUAAUUUGCUCUCGAUUUACAAUGCUGCCGCUCGAGUGCGCGGCGAGACCAAUCAGAAGGCUAUUCAGGAACUACGCUCGCUGCUCGACCGACGACCUAAGGAUAUUGGGCUGGUCCUUACUAUCGUUCAAUUGUAUGCCGGAGAAGGAAACACUACAUCAGCGGUCAAUGUCUUGGAAAGUAGUUUACGGUCACUGGAAGAGUCGAUUUCUGAGAGUGAUCAAGCUGUCCGCUACAACCCUGGGUUGGUCAGCGUUUUGAUUGCAUUGUAUCAACGCGAAGGUCGCAAGUCGCAUAUCAAGACAGAGCUUGCCAAAGCAGCAUCCUUCUGGCGCAAACAAAGUAGCGAACAGCAACCAUCUUCACUAUUGCGAGCUGCAGCUGCAUCCCUACUUCAUUCGUCUGACCCUGCCGAUCUGGCUAUUUCGCAGGAACUGUUUAGCACUCUCCGAAAAAAGAAUCCAGCUGAUAAAUUCGCACUCGCGGGCUAUGUAGCAUCUUACGCUACCAGUGACUUACAAAAAGUGCAGAAGGAACUCAACAUUCUACCCAGAUCCCAAGAUCUAGUAUCCGAUAUCGACAUCACGGCUUUGGAAAGCGCUGGCGUUCCUCAAUCACAAGCCAGUCUUGCAGCCAAUGCCGCCGUCAUUGCCGGUGCCCGCAAGAGAGCGGCAAAAGAACAACAAAAUGCCCGAGCGAAGAAACGCAUCCGCAAGUCGAGAUUACCCAAGGAUUACGAUCCGAGCAAGAAGCCUGAUCCGGAGAGAUGGCUACCACUCCGUGACCGAUCUUCGUAUCGGCCAAAGGGGAGGAAGGGGAAACAAAGAGCGGCGGAUAGGACGCAGGGAGGAAUUGUGAAUGAAAAGGUUGAAGCAGAGAAGCAAAAGGCUGCUACUGGUGGUGGCAGUACUUUGGCGAAGAAGAAGAAGGGCAAGCGGUGAUCACAUGUAUGCAAAGAGUAUAACGGUAAUAUUGUUCAGCCGUACUACUAGCAUAGUACUAGCUCUGUAAUUAAUUACCCCUCAAACCAGUCGAAACCCCUCCAUCUAAGCCACACUUCGUUGUAUCGAGGCAGUAAAUAAACAUCAGUCAUGAUU